AUGGAUCGCUCGGCUUUAUUCCGUUAGGUUCCGUUCUUGGUCCUGAUUGUGAUAGCAACGGUUCUAGCUAAUAUAGCUGCGAAUACAGGUGGUGCAUCAGCUGCCACAUUAUCCUCUGAAAGUCGGCCCAAGCGAACUAUUGGAUCGGCCAGUAACUUCAUCAACUGCAUAAGCGUUCUUAAAGGCGCGGAGCAACGGUUCUGUUCGUACGACCAGUCCAUCCUGGAGGCAAUCGAGCGGACUGCUACCAAAGGCACGGAGGCAGAACGCAAACGCCUGCCAUGUCCACCGAGAAAGACGUUCCGCAAGCAGUGCAACGUGUGCGAAUGUCAGCCAAACGGGGUGCUGACUUGCACUAUGGAUCUAUGUGCCGAGGAUUUUUAUGACGCCAACGGUCUGCCGAAAUAUUGGUGAAUCGGCGGAAGUGGUGUAUAUUUUUUUCGGGGUUUUCUUUCGUAAUAACUACCCCGCUCGAAGGAUGACGACGAUGUGCACCUUGAACACAAUGUAUGGCACAAAUUGGACGGAAAUUAGGCUAUAAUUUUCAUGACCGGUGAGUCAGACUCAAUGGAGUUUCUGAAUAGAUGAGGCAUAUGAAACAUUUUCCUAAAGAACUAUUGGCGAUUGAAAGUAGAGGUGAAAAUUUGGAAGUUUGAAAGGGAAAUACCCUUGGAAAUACCAACUCCCCAUCAGUUUAAUCAUCAAUUUUUUGGUAAAUUUAUCGAUAAAAUGAAUUUUUCUACCCCGAUCCCACAUUCAAUUUAUCUGGAACGACUCAAUCACUAAAAUACGAAAUGGGAUUUCACCUUGGAUUUCACAAAACUUAACCUCACUUUAGGAGGCCAAUCACACACUACUGUGUGAUGUGGUAAAGUGUCUUUAAUAAAUAUUAAUAAUAUUCUGUGUGGAACAAUGUUCAAUAAUGUUAGGGUUGAAUGGUUGAUGUGUGGUUAGACGUUAGAGUAUAACAAAGUGUAAUGUUCAAUUAGUUGGAUUUGAUUGGACAUCAAAGGACGAGGGCAUCAAGUCU